AUGUCAAAUAAGGAGGUGAAGGCAGCAUUAAAGAGUGCUAGAGAUGCAAUACGAAAUAAAGAAUAUAAGGAAGCCUUGAAACACUGCAAGGCAGUCUUGAAGCAAGAAAAAAAUAACUACAAUGCUUGGGUAUUUAUUGGCCUGGCAGCUACUGAGUUAGAGCAGCCUGAUCAGGCCAAAGCAGCAUAUAAGAAGGCUAUUGAACUUGAGCCAAACCAGUUACUGGCAUGGCAGGGAUUAGCAAAUUUAUAUGAGAAAUCCAACCAAACAGUUGUCAAAGGAGACUUAGCAGAUGUUUACCAAAAGCUCUUGGAACUCUAUAAAAGUGGUGACAAGCAGAAAUGGUGUGAUGUCUGUAACAAGCUUGUGGAACUAUAUCAUCAAGAAAAGAAGUACUUAGAGGUGGCUGAAACAUGGCAGAAACUUAUACAAAUGAAACAGGAGGAAGGUGCAGAAAAGGCAGAGCUUCAUCAGCUUUGGAAGAAGAUGAUCCAGUUGCUGAAAGACAGUACACAGAACCAGGAUAAUAAGACUGAACAGUCGCUUUUGACUGCAUUUGAACAUGCGGUGAACUCUGCUGACACUGUUCCUGGUGAAGAUCACCAAAAUCUCUACAAGGACUUUAUUCAGUGCUUGUCAAAAUUUCCUCAUGAAACAGCUAGGUUGGAAAAGGCCUGUAAUGAUAUGAUGGCUUUGUAUCCUACUGUGAGUUAUCCUUUAGAAGUACUUUGCUUACACUUUAUUCAAUCAGGUACUUUGUCAGAAGAAGCCUUGCACUGUUUUUCUAGGCUUUUGGAGAUGGACGCAAGCAGUGGUCCAGGCAUCAUUGGUUUUGGUGUAAGAUGCCUCCAAGAAAAGAAAUACAAGGAGGCUGUUAAGAGUCUUACUGAAGGUUUGCAGAAGACUAGCCAGUGUCCAGCAGCAUGGCAUUAUUUGGCAGAGGCACAGAUGAAAAUUCACAAACACGGGGAUGCUGUCCUGUCCUGCAAUCAAGCUCUGGAGGUUCUUGGAACUCCUGAGGGUCCUAGUCUUCGGUGGAAGAACCUUAUCCUUCAGUUGAAAGCAGAGGCUUUGAUUAAAAUAGCUGAUGCUGAUGCUGCAGAAGAAGCCAUUAAAGCACUUGAGCAGAUUGUGGAUGCAAGCAGUGAUCCAGUGGUUCUAGCUAUCAGAGGUCGGGCUUACCUAAACAGAGGUUUAAUGGAUCAGGCUUCCAAGGUCAGUGCUGUAUUGUCAUUCCUUUUUCUAAAUGCUAUUGGAAAAAAGGCUGAAACUGCAGAGUAUCAUCAGUACCUGGGGCUCACGUACUGGUUCAUGAGUGAUGAGACAAAAAAAGACAAGGGAAAAGCACUCACUCAGUUCUUGAAG